GUUCACGUGAAGCCCAGACAGCGGCGACGGAAGCAGAAGCGAUGAAGCCCAGGCCCGCGAGGUUUGUGGAUAAUAAGCUGAAGCAGCGCGUCACCCAGUACCUCACCAGUGACAGAUGUGGCAAAUAUGUGGACACUGGAGUCUUAGCAUCCGAUUUACAAAGAAUGUACAGUAUAGACUAUGGUCGAAGAAAAAGAAAUGCCUUUAGGAUUCAGGUAGAAAAAGUAUUUAGCAUAAUUAGUAGUGAGAAGGAACUUAAGGAUCUACCGGAAUUAGAAGAUGAACAUCUGGCUAAAAGAGCAAGACACGGUGAAGAGGAUAAUGAGUAUACUGAAAGCUAUUCUGAUGAUGGUUCAAAUAUGGAAGAUUACCCAGAUCCACAGUCAGCAAAUCAGAUGAACAGUUCCCUGCUCUCCUUAUAUCGGAAAGGAAAUCCUGAUUCUGUUUCAAGUACUCCUGAGGUGGAGCAAAGAGAAACCACCAUUUCAACACCACGGAUAACUUCCAAAACAGGCCCCAUUCCUUUGAAGACCCCUGCCAGAGGUUCUGAAGGAGGAUGGUUUAUUGACAAAACCCCGGGUGGGAAGAAAGACAGUUUUUCCUCAGACCUAUCAAAUGAGAAAAGUAAUGAUAAGAAGCCGAUCUCUGAGAUAGAGAAUUCAAAAGAUUCUUCUCUUCUGGAGAGUAAUAAAAAAAGAAAAGGCAGGCUAAACGGCAAAAGAGGCAAAAGGAAGAAAGAAGAUCUUCAGGAAGUAGAUGGAGAAAUAGAGGCUGUCCUGCAAAAGAGAGCUAAAGCCAGGGGGCUAGAAUUGCAGAUCUCCAAGGUGAAGUUUGAAGAUGUUGGAGGCAAUGAUACGACAUUAAAAGAGGUCUGCAAGAUGCUCAUACACAUGCGUCACCCAGAGGUGUACCACCACCUGGGCGUCAUACCCCCACGCGGAGUUCUUCUUCAUGGACCACCCGGCUGUGGGAAGACAUUGCUUGCACAUGCAAUUGCUGGGGAACUUGACCUGCCAAUUCUGAAAGUAGCUGCUACAGAGAUUGUAUCUGGAGUAUCUGGAGAAUCAGAACAGAAGCUGAGAGAACUAUUUGAACAAGCUGUGUCAAAUGCACCGUGUAUCUUUUUUAUUGAUGAAAUUGAUGCUAUUACCCCCAAAAGAGAAGUUGCUUCAAAAGAUAUGGAACGAAGAAUCGUAGCCCAGCUCCUAACCUGCAUGGACGAUCUGAAUAACAUGGCCGCUACAGCUCGGGUCCUAGUCAUCGGAGCUACUAACCGACCAGACUCCUUGGACCCUGCUUUGAGACGUGCAGGAAGGUUCGACCGAGAGAUAUGCCUAGGUAUCCCAGAUGAAGCAUCCAGGGAAAGAAUACUUCAAACUUUGUGCAGAAAACUAAGACUUCCCGAAACUCUUCAUUUUCGUCAGUUAGCACACCUAACGCCGGGCUUCGUUGGUGCUGACCUCAUGGCACUCUGCCGAGAGGCAGCCAUGUGCGCGGUCAACAGGGUCUUAAUGAAGCUGCAGGAGCAGCAGCAGAAAAAUCCUGAGAUUGAAGGUUCGCCCUCUGAAGGAGGCCAGGAAGAAAGGAUUGGAACUGAACCCACUUCUGAAACACAGGAUGAAUUGCAAAGGCUCUUGGGGUUGCUAAGGAACCGAGAUCCCCUCUCAGAGGAGCAGCUGCAAGGGCUGUGCCUUGAGUUGAAUGAUUUCAUUGUUGCUCUAUCCUCUGUCCAACCCUCUGCUAAAAGGGAAGGCUUUGUCACUGUCCCUAAUGUGACAUGGGCAGAUAUUGGUGCCCUGGAAGACAUUAGAGAGGAGCUCACCAUGGCAAUAUUGGCACCAGUACGUAACCCAGAUCAGUUCAAAGCUCUUGGGUUGGUGACUCCAGCUGGAGUCCUCCUUGCUGGUCCCCCUGGCUGUGGGAAAACUCUGCUGGCAAAGGCUGUUGCAAAUGAGUCUGGGUUAAAUUUUAUAUCUGUCAAGGGGCCUGAGUUACUAAAUAUGUAUGUUGGUGAAAGCGAGCGCGCCGUGCGACAGGUUUUUCAGCGAGCCAAGAAUUCAUCACCCUGCGUGAUAUUCUUUGAUGAAGUGGAUGCCUUAUGCCCUCGAAGAUCAGUCCGAGAGACAGGGGCAAGUGUUCGGGUGGUAAAUCAACUACUUACAGAGAUGGAUGGUCUGGAAACACGUCAGCAGGUGUUUAUUAUGGCAGCCACUAACAGACCAGAUAUCAUUGACCCUGCAAUCCUGCGCCCAGGCCGCCUGGACAAAACACUCUUUGUGGGUUUGCCACCCCCAGCAGAUCGUCUCGCCAUCUUAAAAACUAUCACAAAAAAUGGCACCAAACCCCCACUGGAUGCAGAUGUAAAUUUGGAAGCAGUUGCUGGUGACCUUCGCUGUGAUUGCUAUACGGGUGCAGAUCUCUCUGCUUUGGUACGGGAGGCUUCUAUCUGUGCCUUGAGGCAGGAAAUGGCAAGACAGAAGAGUGGAAGUGAAAAAGGUGAACUCAAGGUUAGUCAGAAGCACUUUGAAGAAGCUUUCAAGAAAGUAAAGUCAUCUGUAUCAAAAGAGGAUCAAGCGAUGUAUGAAGCUCUGCAGUGGUCCCUCAGCCGGUGACUUCUCCAGCAGCAGGCCUUCAAGGAGUCCAGUGCAUCGAGCUGCCAGAGAUACCCACGUGCUCUGAGCUAUCCACUUUCAACCUGACACAGAUGUGGUCUCACAUAAGCAUUUUAUCCUCAGAUUAAUGAGGCCAAGUCAGAGCUAAAGAUUCUUCCCAUCUGGCCAACCUUGUACGGAAACACCCUAUACCUCCUGUUUAAGAAAAAGAAAAAAAAUUUUAACUGUCAAAAUAAAAUAACAGAUACCUUUUUUAAAUAGAAUGUUUAUUUUGAAACAACCUUGACUGUACCACAGGAAAGUUGCAGUCACAAUAGAAAGAACUCCCCCGCCCCCCGAACCGUCUGAGAGUAUUUGCCAGCCUGAUGCCCCACCAUCACCCCGAAAUACCUUAAUGUACACUUCCUACACACCAGGAUAUUUCCCUACAUCACCAGCCAUCAACAUCAGGACAUCAGCUGUGAUACUUUGCUGCCAUGAAUCCUCAGGCUCCAUUCAGGUUUCUCCAGUUGUCCCAAUAAUGUCCUUUAUAACAAAGGGAUCUAGUUUAGAAUUAGCUAUUGCAACCGGUUGCCGUUUCUCUUUAGUUUCCUUAAAGUCUGGAACAGCUCCUGUCUUGACUUCUGACACUUUUGAAGGUUACAGCCCAGUUACUUUGUAAAAUGCCCUCAAUCUGGAUUUGUCUGAUGUUUCCUCAUGAUUAGACACAGGUUGUGCAUCUUUGGCAGGAAUAUCAUGAGGCGAUGCUCUUCUCACUGCAUCGUGUCAGGUGAUGUGCAAUUUCGAUCUGCCCCAAUACUGGUGAUGGUCACUUUGGUCACUUAAUUAAGGUGGUUCUGCCAAGCUUCUUACACUGUGAAGUUACUCUUUUCCUUUGUAAUUCAUACGUGUGUUGUGUGGAGGUACUUGGAAACUAUGUAAAUAUCCCAUUCCUCGUCAAACUCAGGUAUUAACUAUUUCUGCAGUGUGUUAUCCGUUACUCUCAUGAUAUGAUGUUCAGAUUGUCCCAGAUUCAGCCAGUUGGGAGCCCCUUCACACUGUCCUCUGUGCGCCUUUCACAAGUCUCUAGCUGAUACUUUCAGGAGGGUUUAAUUUGUGUCGUGUUUCAUCUCAUUCCUUGUUUACAGUGCUGCUCACGGUGUAUUCUUAGGUUGUAUAGAUGGCUUUGGUUACCUACUUUUUUUCCUUCCAAAAUUUCUACUCCACCUCAGUCUAUAAAAAUGUUUAUGCUACUUUUAAGAAUGUAAUUGAUAAGAUGGAGAAAAUAUUAAUAGAUCAAAGCAAGUCAGGUAAGUAAGACACAGUCCUUUUUUUCAAGGAGUUCACAGAUGGAUACAGACAUCUAAACAGAAUAUCACAAUGCCCAAGGAAGGGGCAUAGAAAGGAGGGUGCUGUAGGACCCCAGAGGAAGGAAGACCGAAAGAAAAAGCAAAUCAGGAUCAUGUCCUAGGCAUAGAUGAUUAGGAAUGAAAGUUAAAUUAGAAGUGUGGGCCAGAAGGUCUUAAACAGUUAUUAAAUUUGAGUAGUAGAUUUGAUUGUGCUUGAUAUCAGCCAAAUCAAAAGAGAAACACGGGGAGUUCCUUGGUGGCCUCGUGGUUAGGAUUCCGGGCUUUCACUGCCGUGGCUCGGGUUCAGUCCCUGGUUAGGGAACUGAGAUCCCGCAAGCCACAUGGUCAAAAAAGAGAGACACAGUCUGGUAUAUCAUAUAUGUAGGUUAUGAGGGAAAGCAAAGAUUUUCUUGACGAUUGAAUUUUCUUGACAAUUUCUAGACAAUUAGGUCUACGUACCGAACUUUCUGGUAGUUUAGCUUAGCCUAAACAUAAAAUGUCGACCGCAUCAGAGAUCAAAUAGGCUGCAUGUCCAUCAGCUUUGCAAAUCAGCUGCUAUGUAGGUUGGACAGCAGGCAGUUAUUGGGCAGAAAGCUAACCAGCUAAUGUCACAGUGGGUAGUGCCAGCCCUUCUCCAUAAGGAAGGAAAGGUAACGUGUUCUAAGUACCAUCUGUGUGCUAGACACUGUCACAUGUUCUCUUUAAUCCUCCCAACUCUUAUUCCCCAUACAAUGGGGAUCGGAUGGCAUCCCCAUUAAAAAGAAUAAGGUUCAGAGCUGGUUCAAAGUCACCUGUGUAUAUACAUGCGUAAGAAGAGUCUGAAUUCUGGUCUACAGCUGUCCAGCUUUUCUUUCUCUUGUGAACAACGUCCAGUCCUGUGUUGAGAAACAUCUGGAGUUGUAUCCUCUGUUCUAGCAUCCUGAAAGAUGAGGCAAUUUCAUUAAGUGCUUUGUGCUGAGCACUGAUAACAUAAUGGUGAACAAACUCAGAACUUAUUGCCUAAUUUGGCCUAGUUUGUUGCCUAGUUUCUGCCUAAUUUGUUAGCAAAAAUAGCUGAUUGUCCCAUAAUAUCCAUUCGUCCCUUCUUCCUUUUAGUAGGAGAGUGAUUGAGUUCUGGCUAGUGUAAUAUGAACUCAGGUGAUGAGUGCAGCUUCUGGUCACAUCCUUAAAAAGAAGCAGCAGCUUGGAGACUUGGCAGUCCGGUGGUUAGGACUCCGCACUUCCAUUGCAGGGGGCAUGGGUUCAAUCCCUGGUCGCAGAACUAAGAUACCGCGUGCUGCCCAGCGAGGGCCACGGCCCCCCGCCCCCCCCCC